AUGGCCAGCGACGACGGCUUCGACGACGAGAGCCUAUUAGCGUCAGUGAUCGCGGCCGAGCGGGACGCGGGCGCGGCGUGGACGAGCGGCGAGCCGAAGCCCGCGCCUAAGCCGGUGCCGCCGGCGCGGGCCGAAAGCCUCGCGCGGCUGGCCGCGCCGGCGCCCGCGCGCAAGGCGGCACCGCCGGUGCCACGAGCAGUGCCGCCGCAACCGCGCACCGCCGCGCCGCCCGCGCGCAAAGCGCCACUGCCGCAACCGCGCGCCGCGGCGCCGCCGAAGGCCGACUCGCUCCAGCGCCUGCCGCCGCCCGCGGCGCCCGCGCCCAAAGCGCCCAAACCGACGGCGCCGAAGCCGCCGAAGGCCGCAGCGCCACCGAGGCGCGGCCCGCCCCCCGUCGCGCCGCUGCAGCAGAGACGCGGGCCACCCAAGGUCGCAAUCCCGCAAGUCGCGAUGCCGCAGCAGCAGACGACGCUCGAGACGGAGUGGGACGCCGAGGACGAGGGCGACGCGUGGGCCGCGCAUCGGCGGGCCGCGCGGGCGGGCGACUUCUACGCCGUCUGCCCGGGAUUUGAUGAUCAGCUGCGCUUCGCGCUCGAGCACGCGGCGAGCGCCGACGUGCAGGGCAUGACCGCGGCGGCAAAGUCGGCGACAGACCCGCGGCAGAAAGGAGUGAUAGAGUACAUCCUGGCGGAAGUCGCGAAGGUUGCGCCGCGGCGCCGCGGGCCCCCGCAAGUCGCGCCGCGCGCCGCGCCGGCGCCGACGCCGGCGCCAGCAGUAGCACCGCCGCAGCCGUCGGUGCUGUGCCCGCCGACUCCUGAGCCGCAGUGCAGCCAGGACCUGAUGGACUUCUCGUCGCCGCCGCCGCCGGCCGGCGGUCACGACGGCGUGCCCGAACGGCCCGACGCGCGGGCUCUCUUCCACAGCGAGGCGGAGCGAAAGGCGCUCGCCGCGGCGCGCGCGCGGCCACCGGCGUCCGCGCCGGCCCCAGCGCCGGGCGCGGCGCCCGCCCGCCGUGGCGCCGCCGUGCUGCUGCCCGGCGGCCUGCGGCCCGUCGCCCCGCGGGGGCCGCCGCCCGUGGCGCCCGCAGCGCGCGGAGGCCGGCCGCCGACGCCGGCGCCGCCCGGGUUCCGCCGCGGCGGCGCCGCGCCCGAGGCGUCGCCGCCGCCCACGGAAGCGGCGCCGCGCCGCGCGCCGACGCCGGCCGCCGGCGUCAAGGCCGGGGCCGCCGACACCUCGGCGCUCCGGCUCUCGGCCGUCGCGCCGCGACCGCCCGCCGCUUCUUUCUACGAGACCGCGGACGGCCGCAACCUUGGCGCGGAGUACAAGAAGAUCGACGAGGCACGCAAGCGACCGCCCGUCGCGCAGCCGCCGGCCGCUUCGUUCUACGAGACCGCCGACGGCCGCAACCUCGGCGCGGAGUACAAGAAGAUCGACGAGGCGCAAAAGCCGCCGGGCAAGCUCACGCAGGCCGGCUUCCGCGAGCACUGCCGCCCGGGCGGCGACCCGCGCGCGGCCGUCCGGGCCUGGUUCGACGCGAACGCGAGCGACUCGAGCGACGACGACGACGCGCCGAAAGCGCCGCCGCGGCCGCCGUCCAUGGACGCCGUGUCGUCGCUGACCGAACCGUCGGCCUGGGGCAAGCAAGUGCCAAAAGAGGAGAAGGCCGGCGUCCCCGCGUCGCCGCUGACGGGCCCGUCGCCGCCGCUCGACCCGAAGACGCUCCUCCAGAAGCGGCCGUCGACGCACCGGUCGCCGGAGAAAAGGGGCGACAAGCGGUCCCGGGCGCCCUGGGCGGCGGCGGCGUCGCCGCCGACGCGCGCGCUCAAGUUCACGGGCGUCGUGGAGUACGCCGCGACGUUGAGCGACGCGGCCGACGCCUGCGCCAAGCUCCAGCGGUGCUGCCGGACGCAGAAGGGCCGCUGGCCCCGCGUCGACGCCGUCCUGGGCUUCGACGUCGAGUGGAAGGUGACCUACGAGGCGGGCUGCCCGCCGCGCAAGGUCGCCACGGUCCAGCUCGCGGCGCACGACUACGCCUGCGUCUUCCACGUGUCGAAGCUCGGCAAGGUGCCGCCGCGCCUCGCCUUUUUGCUAGCGUCGCCGACGAUUUUGAAGGUCGGCGUCGGCGCGCGGAACGACGCGCGGAAGCUAUCGACGGACUACGCGCUGGAGAAGAAGGUCGCGCCCGUCGUCGACCUGCGGGACCUCGCGGACGCCGUGCACCUGCCGGGCAACCGGGGCCUCGCGGACCUCGUGGCGACGGCGCUGAAGUGCUUGCUGCCGAAGCCGGCCCGGACGCGCACGGGCGACUGGGAGGCCUACCCGCUGACGGCCGAGCAGCGCGACUACGCUGCGCUCGACGCCUACGCCUCCUUCCGCGUCUUCUCGAUGCUCGCGGCGCGGGCGUCGCCCACGGCGCUGGGCGACGUGACGAACCGCGCGGCCGACAGCGUGCCGCCCGUGAUGCCGGCGGGCGAGACGCCCCCGGAGUCCCAGCCGGAACUGGAGUGCAAGCCGCGGAGGUCCGCCGUCGCGUGGCGCGACCCCGUCGCGGCGCGGCCCCAGGUCGGCCACGUCCAGCCGGCGAAGCAGGCCGCCUACGACGACUACUUCCUGUUUGGUAAGACGGCUGAAGCCAUCGCGGCGGACAAGUCCAUCAAGAUCGGGACGGUGUACAACUACCUGAGCGAGGCCGUCGACCGGGGCCUGGCCUACGACUGGGCGCGCUUCGAGGAGGACGUCGGCGGGCCCCACGUCUUCGCGGCCAUAAAGGCGGCGCUCGCGGCGGGGCGGUCGCGGAGCGACGUGCGCAAGGUCCUGGACGUGGAGUGGUGGCAGAUCUCGCUGGUGCAGGCGCACACGACGCGGCUCGCGCUGCGCGACGCCGACGCGAUGGCGGCCCAGGCGGCGGGCGCCGACCACGCGGCCGCGGUCGAGGACGUGACCACGCAGGACUUCGUCGCGGAGGGCCGGCGGCGCGCGGAGGCGGGGGCGCGACCGGCGUUCUCCGAGUUCGCCUACGCGUCGCAGAGCGCGGACGUGGCACAGUUCGCGCUGUUCUUCGAGUAGGGGUGUUUGGGGGC